AUGAAGAAUGAGUUAUCAAAUAUUUAUUCAAUUGAAAUCAUUGAUAUGUUCCCACCUGCGAAAAAAUACAAGGAUCAACACUUUAUGUAUUGUUUAUUGGAAUCCAGGGCAGAAGUUGAAAAAGCCAAAGAAUCCACUAAAGGAAAGAACAAAAAGGCGGCAAUUCAAUGUUUGAAGAGGAAGAGGUUAUAUGAACAGCAAAUUGAGCAGCUUGGAAACUUCCAGCUGCGUAUUCAUGACCAGAUGAUAAUGUUAGAAGGUGCUAAAGCCACCACGGAAACAGUGGAUGCGUUAAGAACAGGAGCCGCUGCUAUGAAGGCUAUGCAGAAAGCAACGAAUAUUGACGAUGUUGACAAAACCAUGGAUGAGAUAAAUGAACAGACUGAGAACAUGAAGCAGAUUCAAGAAGCAUUGUCAACUCCAAUUGGUGCAGCAGCUGACUUUGAUGAGGAUGAACUAGAAGCAGAACUUGAAGAAUUGGAGAGUGCUGAGUUGGAAGAGCAGCUUCUUCAGCCAGCAACUACAGCUCCUGCUGCCACAUCGUACGUCCCAGCUGGGCGGCAACCUACACGCCCUGUUCCUGCAAAGCCAACUCCCGAGGAAGAUGAAUUGGCAGCUUUGCAGGCUGAGAUGGCACAAUAUAAUAUACUGUUCUGAACAUACUUUUUAGAGGUCAUGUUUCAUCUGGUCUUGUUUUUUUUUAACAUUCUUGUCAUGUAAGUUAGUAUAACAGAUAUGUAAAAUAUGUUAACAAGUGGUAAGGAUUUAGUUUGAUGAGCUAAUUGGAUUGAGAAAAUUGGCAGUUCUAAGAGUUUUCACUAUCACCAGCAGGUGAAAGCAAUUGAGUUUUCCUUCAGGCUUUGAUAUAUAUAAUUUGGGUGGUGUUUAUAGCGUCCUAUGUAUUGAUGACACACUCUACAAAUUUAAAAAUGUCCUUUGUAACUUAGGGAGAUUGGAA